AUGACAUUUACAACCGAAUCAGUCAUUUUCCGCGAUGCAAACGCCACUAUACAUACCUCAGUAAAGGAUUGUUUGACCGAAGCCGGGCGAUUUUAUGGCUUACUGACGGUGGCAGCCGCGCAUAAAAGCGUUAUUUUCGGGCGGCAGUUGGAUCUUACCGGUUCAUCUUCAGAGAACCACAAAGAUUCAUCUGACCUAGACUACAGUGUGAUGAAAGGCAAAUGUAUACAAGCCUUGAAUAGGGAACUGCGAGAUUCUUCUCAAGCUUUUGGUCGCACUGCAAUUAAGAUUGUUAUUCAUCUGAUAGCUAGCUCUGUAAGUACUAAGAAGAAACGGGUUCAAAGCAAUACAACCACACACCUCUCUGUUCCAAACCCUCAAGCUAACAAUGAACAGUUAAUAUUGGGGUUUUAUGUGGAAGCACAGACACAUCUUACCGGGCUUAGGAAGAUGGUUGAACUAUGCGGAGGGUUGGCAAGUCGAGGGCUUCGAAGUCCUAGUCUUACCCAUGCUAUCGUAUGGAGCGACCAUAAAAUAGCAACUGGGCUAAUGUCCAAGCCAAUAUUUACAUUACCGUGGGAACCUGCACCUUUGACGGCAGAACUAAGACAGCAGAUUUGUCCCUCGCCAUCAUCACAUUUGACACUCCUCGGUAGUGCUUUUUGGAAUGAGCACUCCUCAGAGUUCAGCCAGUCUUUGAUUCACAGUGUUAAAAAAUUGCGAGACACUCUUUAUUAUCAGAAUUUAAUCAUGGAACAAGAACGAGAAGAAAAACGGGAUAAUCAAACCUACCUAUUUCAGCUCUAUAAGCUGAUAAUUGAAGCUGAACACGACUUACUUAGUUACCCAUUCCAAAUAUCGGGAAAUAGUUGUGAAACCUCCCAUACAGCGAAUCUCAAUUCCAAAGAAGCAAUGGCGCGGAUGGGAUGUAUAUGUGUCUUCAACUCCAUUGUCAUUGUCACACCUCCAGCGGCCGGAAUGGGACGAUCGCUUACCAAUUUUAUGAAGAAAUCGAUCUGCACGUUCACCGACCAAUACCCGUUCCUUCAAUUCACGAUUCCAGAUCUGAAUCUUCUUGCCUGGGUGCUGUUCAUUGGUGCCCAGGGCUCUCUGAACCAGCCUGAAUAUACGUGGUUUGUCAGUGGCCUGGCUGACGUUGUUAAACUGCGGAUCUGGGGAAAUUGGGCCGAUGUUGUUAGUGAAUUGCAACGAUACAUCUUCAUGCCACGAGUUCAGGACGUGAUAUGGCGGUCUAUAUGGGAAGAUGCCAUUUCCGUCCGCGACAGACGUGAGUAG